AUGAAUCCUUCUCCCAAGCACCAUGAAAUCAUGGAUCGGAUGCUUGAGUAUCUUUUUGCAACACGAUUCUUCGCGCUUGAGUUUUCAGGAAAUUCCAACGAGCUCCAACUUCUUACCAAGCCGAAGGAAAUCCGGAUUGCUACCGACGCUGCUUUCGCGGAUAACCCUGAUUCGAGGAAAUCCUCCCAAGGAUGUCUCAUCACUCUCUUCAAUGGUCCAAUUUGGUGGAACGCUACGAAGCAAACCACUGUUACUACUUCUUCCACUGAGGCAGAGCUCCUCGCCUUCACCCACACGGCCAAAGAGACUCUCAGCCUCCUCCGAUUGUUCAAGCAAAUCGAUCUGGAGCUUGACAACGACCCCGUUAUUGAGUGUGACAACACACAGACGAUCAGGCUCAUCACAGCCGACGUUCCACGUAUAAAAACUGCUCUCAAACACGUCGAUAUUCACAACGCCUGGGCAAGGCAAACGUUUCAAGAAGGCCACUUUGAGGUCGAGUGUGAGGGAACGAUCAUGUGA